CACCAAAAGCGAUGGCGAAAGUAGAUCACCCACCCGGCGAAGUGCAAAGAACUCGAAAGAGGCGAUCGCAGCCAACCUGCUCUCCAUCGAUGUUCACCGCAUUGCUGCCGUCUUCUUCGUUCAGCAACACCUUCUUCAGAUCUACAAAGACGCUUCUGAGCUUCUCUGCUUCUGCUCUUUGCCGGAAACCGACCAACUUUUGUCUGCCGCCGCUUAUCGCAUCCCGUCACUUUGCGCAGUUAUCUAAAAUGACCGACGUCACAAAGUACAAGCUCAACCACACGAUGCUUCGUGUCAAGGACCCGAAGAAAUCGGUCGCCUUCUACACCGAGAACUUUGGCAUGAAGCUUCUCAAGACCCUCGAGGUCCCCGAGGCCAAGUUCACCAACUACUUCCUUGCCUUCGAUGGCGCCAAUGCCGCCAGCAGCGGCAAGGCGUGGACCGAUCGCGAGGGCGUCUUGGAGCUUACCCACAACUGGGGCACCGAGAAUGAUCCGGAGUACAAGGUCGUGACCGGCAACAGCGACCCGUACCGCGGCUUUGGCCAUAUCUGCGUCUCGGUCGAUAACAUCGAGUUUUUCUGCGACAAGCUCGAGGCCAAUGGCGUCAAGUUCCAGAAGAAGCUGAGUGAUGGACGUCAGAAGGAUAUUGCUUUUGCUCUUGAUCCUGAUGGAUACUGGGUCGAGUUGAUCUGGACUCGCACUCCCAAGACUGAGAACUUCACCGACGCUUCUGGAUACAGAAUGAACCACACCAUGAUCCGAGUCAAGGACCCGAAGAAGUCGCUCAAGUUCUACCAGGAAGUCCUGGGCAUGAAGCUCCUGCGAACGGCCGAGCACGAGGCCGCCAAGUUCACGCUCUACUUCCUCGGCUACAACAACGACCCCAACUUUGUCGAGAACUCUGGCGUCGGCGUGCACAACUUCGAGGGCGUCCUCGAACUCACCCACAACUGGGGCACCGAGAGCGAUCCCGAGUUCAAGGGCUACCACAACGGCAACAACCAGCCCCAGGGAUUCGGCCACAUUGCGAUCUCGGUCGAUGACCUCGACGCGGCGUGCGCCAGAUUCGAGGAGGUCGGCGUCAAGUGGAAGAAGAGACUUACUGACGGUCUUAUGAAGAACGUCGCUUUCAUCCUCGACGAGGACGACUACUGGGUCGAGGUCAUCCAGAACGAGGCCAUCAAGACCCAGGCGGGCUGGUGAACCUCAGCUUAGGAUAGCUUAGUUAGUUUGUGUAGAAAAUAGAGUUUAAAGAGCACGUGAUUCAGGGGCAGACGAAGGUUUGCAGAGUCGCACACAAAAUUUCAU